AUGGAGCAACCAAGUGAUGAUUUUAUAGAGGUUGUUGUCAUGUUAGCAAGAGAAGAUCAACAGAAACAAAAGAAAAACAACAAAGUAGAUGAUAAUAAUGUGAACUACAAAUCAACAAAACAACAACUCUUCAAAGAGUAUUCUUUAGAUAGAAGUAAAGUAGUAUCAUGGUUACUAUAUUUAAUGGUAAAGGGUACCUACCCAACUAUUAAAGAUAAAGAAGUACAGUUACUUGAUAUACUAUUGAUUAAAGAUGACCUUAUCAGAUCAUUGUCACAACCUUUAUUAGAUAUUCUAAAGGUUGAGACAAUAGAGUUACUCAAUACAACUCUUACUGAUUCCUUUAAAUGUCAUUUAUUUGGUAUCUUGGAGUCACUUUCGAAUUAUUUAAUCCCAAUUGGAUGUUGGAAUGAAUUGAAAGGAUCAUUAGAGUUGAUUUUAGAAAGAGGAGAAGAAGAAGAAGAGUCACCAUUAAAAGCCAAUGUCAAAAGAUUGCUAGUCCUGUUGUCACAGUUUGACUUUGAAUUGGAUAAACAAGAAAUGUUGGAAGAUUUGAUCAACUCUAAUGAUUUUGUUGAUUCAUUGACCGAUGAACAACAGAAAUCAUAA